AUGAAAGAAGCCAGUGCCUGGGCCUUGGUCAACAUCUCGUAUACGCAAUCUCCGAAGCCCCCCGUCAAUCGACAUUGCAUUGACGUUUGCGGUCCAUGGUCCUUGCUCCUUGCCCUUGCAAGGACAUUAAACGCCUUUUGCGAUGUCCAAUUGAAUUUAAAAAGCAGCCAUCUGUGGAAUUUUGUCGAGUGUAGCUGCAGUGGCCAGAUUAUUCUCAUCGCUUGUAGAAGCACGUCUGUUUUCUAUGUACAUCACAUUGGAGAGUCGGUGAGUCGGAAAAAAAUUGAGCAAGCGUGUGCAUUUCCCGAAAAGAUUUCCUCACACCUCCACGAGAUUUUUGCGGCACAAACAGCGGCAAUUUCGAGUCGAUUCUCUGCAGGAACAGUUCGCGUGCUACUCGGCUCCGGAAUUCCUCCAUAA